AACGCUUAAACUGAACAGGACGUACAUGUAUUAUACUUAAUUUUGAUGGUAUUAGUUGUGACUGAAGAAAAAUUUAAUGUCAUUAUGUCUAAACAAGGAAUGCUUACUUUGCUUAUAAUUGGAUAUUUAUUGGAAGUGAGAACAGACCCCAUCCAGAUCCUUAAUUCACACAUCGCGGUGACAUCAGACGGGGUUCCAUACAGUGACAUGACUGCGGAUAAAGUCAACGAUGGUAUUGUGAAUAACCGAGGCUGGGCUGAUGAUUGUAGAUGUUGCGCAGCUCUAGAAAGACCUUCAUUGGUGCAACUGACACUGGACAAGACUUAUCUCGUGGAAAAGAUUCUUGUUCUAGGACGUACAGAUCGAAGUGCGUAUAGAUAAACGCUUUUGUGAUGUUAAUGUUACAGAUUAACAGUAUUGGUCUAAAACUAUAUAUAUAUAU